UCCAAUGAGACGUGAAAGUGCAAAGAGGGCAGAAUGUUGAUUAGUGCGCGGGUUAAGAAGGAUCACGGGUCGGGAGAAGAAAAAAAAAAACUAAAGCGUAAUGAAAGUUGGUUAGAUCAGAAACUGAACAAUCAAGCAAUGAAGACAUAUAUUUAGAUGUGUAGAUUUUAAUACUCCAAGACUCCACCCUGUGAUUAGCGAAGUGUCUGAGCCUUGACGAGUGUGGAGUGCCGACCCGCUUGUUGCCGCGCUCUGAGUCUGUUUUUAAUUCAUUCUUUCUAGUUGAUUCUUCCCGCAGACCCGAUCCGGAGAUGAGCGGCGCCAGGGAAGUCAAACAGCUGCAGAAAGCAAAGAGCAAAGCUCAGCGUAACAACAACCUUCGAGAGGAAGCCAGUCUGUGCAACCAGCUGGGAGAGAUCCUCGCCAGGAGCGGUAAUUUCCAGGCUGCGAUCGAGGAGCAUCAGCAGGAGUUGCAGCUCUCCGAGUCCUUGCGUGAUGUGAUUGGCUGCGCAAUCGCGAACAGGAAGAUCGGCGAGUGCUUUGCUGAGCUGGGCAACUACGAGGCAGCACUCAAGCACCAGCGGCGGCACCUGGAGUUAGCAUGCUCAGUGAACGAUGAUGCAGAGGAGCAGCGAGCCUGGGCUACCAUUGGCAGGACUUUCCUGUUCCGCUAUGAGGCCGACCAAUCACAGGACAGCUUGAGGGAAGCUGAGGGAGCCUUCAGGAAGAGCCUGUGCAUUGUGGACGAAAGGCUAGAGGGUAAAGUGCUGUCCCGGGAGCUCAGUGAGAUGCGCGCUCGUCUCUACCUGAACCUGGGCUUUGUUUAUGAUGGACUGAAGGACAGCCAGCGAUGUAGUGACUUCAUCCGGAGGAGUGUCUUCAUUGCAGAACAGAACCAGCUGCUGGAGGACCUGUAUCGUGCCAACUUUAACCUGGGCAGCAUCCACUUCCGCAACGGGCAGCACACCAGAGCUGUGCGCUGUCUGGAGCAUGCCAAGGAGUGUGCUCGCAAAAUGAAGGAGAAAUUCUUAGAGAGCGAAUGUUACCACAGCAUUGGACAGGUGUUACUGAACCUUGGUGAUUUUGUGGCUGCCAAGCGUGCUCUGAAGAAAGCCUACACCAUGGGUUCCCAGCAGCCUUCUGAGAGAGGGGCAGUCCGGAGGAACCUCAUGUACGCGAUUAAAGGCUGCCGUCUGGAGGAAGCCCUAGCAGAGCAGUCGGAGAGUGAUGCCCAGGGGAUUGUGGGAAUAACAGAGCAGCUAGGAGACCUCUACUGUAAAGUGGGCUGUUACAGGAAAGCACUGGACUCGUACCAAGCACAGCUGUCUGGUGCUCAGUCCAUGGGGAAGCCUGCGCGAGAGUUAACCGCGAUUCAUGUCUCGCUGGCAGCCACCUACACUGACCUCAAACAGCACAAGAAAGCUGUGGAGCAUUACAGAAAGGAACUGGCGCUCAGAGAGGGGAGCCCUGUAGAGGAGUGCGAGACGUGGCUGAACAUCGCUUUGUCUCUGGAAGAAGAUGGGUGUGUGUUAGAGGAGCUCGAGGGUUGCUACCAGAGUGCUCUAGAGUGUGCACAGCGAGCAGGGCUACCGAAACUGCAGCAUCGGGUGUUGAAGCAGCUUCUGAUAGUACAGCAGAAGCUGGGCUCUCCUGACACAGACAGCACAGUCUCCAGAUUGAAGGACCUCUGUGGGUCGCCGGGCUGGAGUGAUGGAGAGAGCGAAGGAGAGGAGGAGCAUGAGGAAGAAGAGAACAGCGAGGAAUUGGAGGACAGUGACCUGGAGCUGUCGGAAUCUGAGGAGGAGGAGGAGGAUCUUGAUGGGUACCAGAAGGCGGUUCCUGGCAGGAGGAAGGUUAAGCAGUGGAAUCGUCGAAAUGAGAAAGGCGAGACAGUUCUACACCGUGCUUGUAUUGAGGGCAACUUGAAGCAAGUCCAGUGCGUAGUGGAUAAGGGUCACCCGCUGAAUCCCCGGGAUUAUUGUGGCUGGACCCCCCUCCACGAGGCCUGCAAUCACGGGCACCUCGAUAUUGUAGGGUUCCUGCUGGACCGCGGUGCGAAUGUCAAUGACACCGGGGGCCCUCACUGCGAUGGGAUCACACCACUUCAUGACGCCCUCACCUGUGGGAACUUCCAGGUAGCGCAGCUGCUGAUUGAGAGAGGGGCCUCUGGGACAUUGAGGAAUGCCAAGGGUGAGACCCCUCAUGACAGCCUGAGAGAGUGGCUGCGGAUGUAUGGCAAACACCUGGACCAGGAAACCAGGCAAGAGUGCAGAGAAACUGAGAGCCUGCUGAAGAGAGCUGCUUCAGGGAGAGUGCCAGCCCCUCGACCCCCACAGCAGAUGGUCAGUGACUUCCAGGACAGCCAGCUGUUUGAUGCAGAGAACUCGGAGCCCUUGGUCCUGCCCAACUCUCGGGUCGCCACCCCCUGGAGGGGCAGCGACAGCCCCAGCAGCUCUUUCAGUGUGGAAGCAGUACCAUACAGUAGCAGCAGAGGGCGCUCCAGCAGCACUCAGCAGCCACAGCACAGAGACUCUGAGAGUAUGGCACUGGAGCUGGGGGAACAGGCAGAGGGUCAGCUGGGGAGCUGUAGCUCUUCAGAGAGCACGACUGAACCAGACAACCCUAUCAUAAGCCCUCUGCGACCAAUCAGGGGCAAGCGCAGGCUGUUAAGCCCCACCUCCCCAGUUACUCUCCAGCCUGAAAACCCCACAUACCCACAUGCAGCAGAUGAUUUGGACUGGGCCAGUGAGGAUGAGGCAGAUGAAGAUCCUCCAAUCAGGAGUGUGGAUUUACUGGAGUCCCCUGUAUCCAUGAGAGAGGAAUACCAAAGAGCAAUACAAAGCCUGGGCAGUGCCAAGUCACGACUCCUCAUGUCAAACAGCUUAUCAGAGCCUGGCUCCACCCUUGCAAACAUGUUGUCAGCCAGUAGUAAGUCAGCACUGGUGCCAGAGGAGGAGUAUGUGGCAGAUGAUUGGCUGGAGGAUGAUAUUGGUGAGGGUCAGUCCAAGAAGAGGAGGAGAAUUUCUUCUGGGCAGGAAGCCAGACGAGAGGCUGUGAUUCCAGCGAAUUCCACUAGGCAGCAACCUGCCUCUGUUGCUUUACCAGCACCAACCACCAGAGGCUCGGCUAGCCGGGGGCUAUCAAUGAAGAAGGGACGCUCUCGGCAGGUGAAGAUGACACAGCUGUCGGGGAUGGUGGUCCUGGGCAGCCGUCGAUCUGGCAGCCCUCUGCCUUUCACACAGGAGGAGCAGAGCAGCUCCUUGACACAGACUCCAGUUCAGCACCAUCUCCAGGCUGUGGCUCCAGCUCUCCCUGCACCAAUCAGAGUGCGGGUCAGAGUUCAGGACAACAUCUUCCUCAUUCCUAUUCCGCACAGUGAGGCUGAGACGUGCACAGUGUCCUGGCUGGCUGAGCAGGCAGCUCAGCGCUAUUACCAGGCCUGUGGUUUGCACCCUCACCUCUCCCUGCAGAAAGAGGGCGCUCUUCUGGCUCCACAGGACAUGAUUGUGCAUGUGCUGCACAGCAAUGAGGAGGUUCUGGCUGAAGUUCGCUCAUGGGAUCUGCCCCCUCUAUUGGAUCGGUACCGGAAAGCCUGUCAGAGUCUCUCUGUAGAUGAGAACCGCACGCUCAGCAGGCUGUGUGAGCUCCAGGAUGGCAGCCCCUGCCUCUCUGCCUCUCAUCUUAGUCUCCAGCCUCGCUGCAUUGCUCCUUUGCUGCGCUGCCUCAAGCUGCAGGCCUGCCUCAAGGAGCUCCGGCUGCCUGGAAACCGUCUCCACGACAACCUCAUGGGUGAGCUCAUCGCCACGGCAACCACCAUGCCGAAUCUUCGCAUUCUGGACCUCUCGGCCAAUCACAUCACAGGGGAGGGGCUAAAGCAAGCCUGUGUUGCACUGGAGGGGCAGAGCCAAACAGUCUUCCCGAGUCUGGAGGAGCUGGAUCUUAGCCUGAAUCUCCUGGGGGACAGUAUCUCCCAGUCCCUGGCUUCCCUGGUGUUAGCCUGCCCCCUGCUGGCCACUCUGAGGCUGCAGGGCUGCGGACUAAGUGCCUGUUUCCUGCAGCAGCAUCGCCCACUGCUGGCCAGUGCACUCACAGGGACUGGUCACCUGAAGACUGUCUGUCUCUCCCACAAUGCUCUGGGCUCGAUGGGGGUGGAGCUGGUUUUGAGGACCAUGCCUCCUAACUCCCUGACUUGUCUCGAAUUGUCUGCCAUUCGCCUGGGACCAGCGGACCAUCCAAUCAUGGAUCACCUGAUCGCUUACCUGUCUCGGGAGGGCUGUUGCCUGACUCACCUAAGCCUGGCUGGGAAUGGAUUGACUGACUCUGAUGUCUGCACACUUGCCAGGUGUCUUCCGGUGUGUCCCUCACUAGUGUCUCUUGACCUAUCUGGAAAUCCUGGAGUUACUACUGCAGGACUGGAGACACUGUUGUGUGUCCUUAAAGAGGGGCAGUGCACACUGCAAUCACUGAACCUAGCAGGCUGCCUGGUUUCGGGUCCCUGGGACAGAGUUUCUCUGGACAGUCUGUCCUCUUGUCUGCAGGAGCUGCGUCUCUGUUCACGGAGGCUCAACAAGCUGGACAAGGAGGCUCUGGUGUGGGACAGGAGACCGGGUCUGAUCAGUGUAAUGUCACGGCACAACAAGUGUUUCAUUAGGACAGCAGAUUCCUGAGCCCCGUCUCAGCCUGUGGGUGUCUGUCAACAGUGUGUCCCUCUGUGUGUUUGUGUUUCAAUUUCAAAA